UGACUGCAGGGAGGAGGAGCUGUGAAACUUUGCUGCAGGCAGUUAGUUUCUGUGCUGAUGGAGGUUACGUUUUAACAAUUGAAUUCGUCGUCGAGCACGUUAAAACCGAGUGGGAACAGGAAACGGAUCCAACCCGCUGCAGGACAUUUAGUGUACCGACUAAUCUUUGUUUAUUGUUUAUUACAAUGGGGAGCUGGAAGAAUCACGUGCGCGCUCGACUGCAACACAGGGACCAAACUGAGAAACUGCCCUAUGUCGGGGUCUUCACUAGCUUGUCUCAGCUGGAGGAACGGUUUGAAAUUCGCAAACAAAUAUUGGAUGAUGUUCAGUCAAAGAGUGGAGAUGAAGUCGGGAAAAACACCAAACUCCUUCAACUCCAACUGAGAGAGAGUGAACACCUGGCUGAAAAGCUGUCUCAGACCGUCUCUGACCUGACCACCGUCCUGUAUCUGAAAGAGGCUGAACUGCAGUACUGGCAGUCACGUGUGUCCCACUUCCGUCAAGAGGCACUUACUCUGGCUAAAGGGAGUAACACCCUGAAGGCGACCCUUUCAGAAUUCGAGUUUACCAUAGAGUGUCAAUCCAAAGAGCUGGCAGCCGUGCGUGCGGAGCAGAAAGAACUUAAGGAAGCGUUGGGACAGGCUUGGAGAGAGAAAGAGGAACUCUUGCAACGAUGGAUGGAGGAGAAGAGGGAGGAGGCGGACAGGUUGAAUAAGUACAACGACACGCAGGAAAGGUGGCAACGUUUGGCCAAACAGCUGAAGAAGCAACUUCAUAGGGAAGUGGGAAAAGAGCAAGUUCCCAUAGUGACGAGUUCUUGGAGUGGCCCACCAGAAAUGUCUCCAUCGGUCAUUCAGAGGAUUAAUAAUACAACAGAGAUGCACCAGGGGCACACAGACCACAACCAUGUUUCAGCUGUUGAAGAAGUCUAAUAUUCCCAAGAGAUCCUCAGCACAAGCAUUUACCUCUCUGUCAAUUUCUCCUGUGCUUGUAGUUGGAAGAAUUGAUUGCACAUAUGUGACGCCAGGAUUGUGGAACAACCCUUUGCAACUAGAAGUGUUAUGAUGAGAUGGUUUCUUAUCUGUAUCUGUACCUGCAUGUAAAUGUACCUAAAAGUUGAUUUAAAGAUCAGUUUCAUUUAGAGUUUGUUAGUGUAACUAAACUCAACCCUAGUAAUUUCAAUUACACUCCAGCUCCACAUCUGGAGGUACAAAUUUACAUUCCUCGCUAAAUAAUUUUUACAAUCCCUCCAGUUGUACCAUUUGAGGUGAAAAAACCUCUGUUCAUGUAGUGUGUGUCAUUUAAAUUGCAGGAGCUGGUGUUGUUGUACUGUCAGGGCUUGGUAUUAGUGAGUAUGUGCCUAUUUCAGCUUUUAACUUUAUCUUUAUUUGAAAAGAAAAUUAUGUGUUUUACUAUCUAGGUCAAAAAGUUUAUUUGAAAAUAAUUUCAUAACCUGGGACCUUUUUUUUAAGGCUUACUUUGUAGCACAAUUUGAAAUUACUUUUGAAAAAUUAACCUUUCUUAUUCAAAUGGAAAGCCAAACUCAUCCCAGAUUAAUAUGUUAUUUUAAAGAAAUGUGAAUUGUUGUUUUUCUAUAUGUAAAAAAAUAAAGUCUGCUAUAAUUUA